AUGGAGUGCCCUCAAGUGAGCUGGACUGAUACGACCGACAUCCUUCACGGCAUCAUGGCCCCGCAAGAGGAGUCGUACAUGCAUCCUGGCCUGACUCACGGCCACCAAGCCGGCCUGUCACUCGACUCAACCCUGGAUCUGGAAUUUGGACUGGCCGAGUCGCAUGCCCAAACGGCAGUGCCGGAAUGGUCAAGCGUGUUUGCUCCGUCCGCAGGAUCUCCCGAUUUCUGUCACCCAUACUUUCACCCAUCACGCCUGACGGCCAGUCAGGACGCAUGGAGCCCGCUGCAGGUCACCGGUGUCCCUAGUCAGUCCACCAUGUCGCACAUGCAAAUGCCCAAGGCAGAUCACGAAGCAGGCUUCGUCAGAGAUCAUUAUCGCACCCCGUCAGAGACUGGCAGCCAGCAUCUGGGAAGUCUUCAUUCGGGCGACUCCGGGUACGGCGGGACCAGCUGUGGGACCAGAUCGGUGGUUCCAUCAUCCUACGGUGUGGAUUCGAUCUCGAGCCCACUGGCGGGCUUCAAUGAACAAAGCUUUGGGGACUCAAUCUCCAUGUUCAACCGGGCCUUUGUUGGAUCCACAACUUGUUCGGAGGAUUUCCCGAGCUCGCUGGUCGAGUCGGUCAAGUGCGAUCAUCCGACAUGCACAUGGGUGGGAAAGUGUCCCUCAGAUAAAAGAAAGCAUGAGGCUCGGCAUCGCAAGUUGUUCAAAUGCGACGAACCGAACUGUCCGCGCAAGGAAGGGUUUGGAACCAUUAACGACUUGGCCCGCCACAAGAAGUGCGUUCACAACAAGGAACCCGAGCGCGGGCCCAAGAUGAUGUACCUUUGCUUUGGACAGAACUGCCCCCGGCCCAACAAGAUGUGGCCUCGACAAGACAAUUUCAAACAACAUCUCAGCCGGAUGCAUCACGGCGAGGAUGCGGAUGCACUUCUCAAGAAAUCCAUGGAUUGGUACGAAAGUUCCGGGCGAUCCCUCCAAAGCAACGAGGAUACAGUUUCAGAAGACGCCUUCAGCGAAGCCCAGCAGGAUCUGGUUUACAAUCAUAGCGCAAACAUGAACGCACCGUCAUCUACAAACAGCCCGAAAGAAGCAGGAGAAAGCUGUCUGCCAGGGCUCCCAACACCCAGACCUCUGCACUAUCACUCUACGCAGAUUCAACCCGAAAACUCCCAUCCAGAGCCCUUCCCUUCGCUUGCGGUGGAUGAUCAUCCCAUCAACGCAGAGCCCGAGCCCGCCAGAUCCGGCACAUCCAUCUCAGACGCAGCAGACAACCUCAUCAAUGCAAUGACCAAAAUGAUGAACGCCCGUGGUCGAAGAUCUAGCCAGCACAGCGACGAAGGAAUUGAGAUUGAGGCUGAGGGUACUGAUCUCCCCCAACCAAAACGCCAGAUGUUACAAAAGAUUCUCGCCACUGCUUUGGAACGCCUUUCUGAAAAGCCAGGGGUGGCCCCGACUAUGGUGGAAUCUAACGAGGACAAACACGACUGGUUCCAAUGUGAUGUUUGUCCCAAGCGAACCAGAUUGCGCUGUGAGAUGAAAAAACAUCAAAAACGUCACGAACGUCCCUACGGCUGCACAUUCCCACAGUGUGCCAAGUCCUUUGGCAGUAAAGCCGAUUGGAAACGUCACGAAACCUCGCAACAUCUCAACAUUCCCAGUUGGCUCUGCACUCUACAUGACCCAGUCAAGAAUGGUGUCUGCGAACGCAUCUUCUAUCGCGAGGAACUCUUCACGCAACACCUUAACCAGGCGCAUACUCUGCCCAAGACGAGAGUCGUGCCCGCUGUCCAGGCAAGCCGUCUCGACGUCGCGCAUCAAUCACAAUAUUGGUGUGGCUUUUGCACCCAAUAUCUUCCGCUCAGCAGCUCUGGCGCCAUGGCGUUGGAUGAGCGUUUUAACCAUAUUGAUGUGGAGCAUUUCAAGAAGGGAGUCAAGGGAAAACAGUGGUGUUUCCCGUCGACGAGUAUUGCUGGCAAUACCGACGCUGUUGUCGGAUCAGUGUUUGCGAGUGAGAAUGUGACUCUGCAUGGCUUGGAGAGAGUGAGUCGGAAACGGAAACUUGGGACUCGGCAGUGA